AUGUCAAUUUGUCAAGAUUGUCAAUGUCAGAAUUCUGGUGCAUUUUUAGCAACAGUAGCUGGAAUCUCGGCAUUCAUUGGCUUUGGUGCUACACUGUCAACAGCAAAGAAAACUGAUCCUAAAUAUUUCAGCAAGGGCUUACAUGGCAGUCCAGAAUUAGCAGAUGCAGGUGCUAUCCUCGCCUUAAGAGCCCUUGGAUGGGGCACAGUUUAUGCCAUUGCAGGCACUUCAUGUCUGUGUUAUGGCAUUUGGAAGUUAUCUGGUGCAAAAGAUUUGAAGGACUUUAGAGUGAAAAUGGGUAACAUGUUACCAGUGUUACCAAAGAACAAUCCGCCUAAAUCUAGAACAGAAUUUACUGGUCUAAAUGAUUUGAUGACAUACCUUGCAGAAGAAUAUGGUAAACCUGCUAAAGAAAAGUAA